AGGAUAGGGUUUACGCCCGAAAAAUUCGGCAUUAGUCUCGAGUACAGAUUCCAACCCCGAUCCGAUGGCUUCUCCCUCUUCUUCACCCUCGAUUCGUCCACCCCCCCUGCCCUCUGUAAACCCUAGCCUCAGCCUCCAAAAAGAGAUACGAUGCCACGAGGUCGCGAUCGUGGAAUUGAACGCUCUCCCGCCAUCCAAAGGUGUGUAUCAGAAAGCUGGCAACAUCUUUUUCCGCAAAGACGUGGAGACCGCAAGAACAAAUGAGCAAGUUAUUAUUAUUCCAUCAUGUCAACGCUGCUUCUCAGAACAACUCGAUGCGGCUAAAGCCCAGUUACAGAAGCUGAAUUCGACGUGAUGGCUAUGCAUCACAAUGAACAGAAAAAUGUCAGGUGUAUCGGUCAGAAGCAACAAAAGGAUUCAUUUUAUGCGCACGAGACAAUGAACCGCUGUGCCUAUACAACCUGUUGUCAUGUGUGUGUAAGACCGAAGCUGCGUCUUUGGACUAUUUUUUCACCGGCUUUUAAAUUUGGAAUUACUCUGCAGUUUGAUUUGAUGGUGUUCAGUUAAAACCAUUGACAAUGAAGAUGUUCGUAUGGAUUUAUGUGAUAAAUUGUCUUAGCUCCUGAA